CACAGGGAGAGUUAGAAUAGCAGGGGUUUCCAUGUUUCCAAAUCUGUUUAGCAGCUAGUAUGCAGUAGGAUAUCAGAUGUUGAGGGAGCUUUGUGAAAAUCUGUCUGAAUCUGUUUAGGUCCUGAAUUUGGGUAGUGAGAGUUCAAGUAGGGAGAGUUUGAGAAUUUAGGAAGUGAGGAAACAUAUAUGCCAAGUGAAUAAGAAAAAGGGAAGAGACAGAUAAGGCAGAAGCAUGAAAGCAGAGCUGCUAGGGCCACUGAGUCAGGGGACAUCGGUGGAUAUCACUUCAGCAGCCGAGCCUUCCCAUUGACAGUUACUGUUAACCAGGUGAUAACAGUGGCACCUGGAUUAAUCACUAGAGGGGAUCCUCUAUUCAGACACUUUAUUUAAGAAGGAAAGGAAGACCCUGAGAAAGUCAUAAUUCUAAAAGAGUCAUGUACCAAAAUGUUCAUUGCAUCUUUAUUUACAAUAGCCAGGAGAUGGAAGCAACCUAAGUGUCCAUCAUCAGAUGAAUGGAUAAAGAAGAUGUGGCACAUAUAUACAAUGGAAUAUUACUCAGCCAUAAAAAGAAACGAAAUUGAGUUAUUUGUAGUGAGGUGGAUCGAUCUAGAGUCUGUCAUACAGAGUGAACAGCCUCACUACCGGGAGAAGAACCGGCUCAAAGCUGAAGUCCAUGAAGUUGCUUGAGGUUCUGAAUGCUCUGGAGGAGGAGGAAUCUGGCCAGAGUAGGGAGGAGAUCUUCAUUGCACCGCCCAACAAUGCUUCAGGGGACUUCACUGAUGAGGACUCAGGUGAUGAAGAUGGCCGGCGAGGAACCCACCUGCCUGGCAAUGUGCUGCAUGCGUUUGUUGUGCCUGAGGACUCUGGCACCGGGGAGGAGGAUGAUGACCUGCAGCUGCAGCCAGCCAUGAAGAAGCAAAAGGCAGUAGUGGAACCUCAGCAUGUUUGGACCAAAAGAGAUAUCUGCCCGGACUUCACCAGUUGGACAGCAUCAGAUCCUCAUAUGGAGGAUCUCAAAAGCCAGGAACUGAGUCCUGUAGGCCUCUUUGAAUUGUUUUUUGAUGAAGGAACAAUUAAUUUUAUUGUUAAUGAAACCAAUCGUUAUGCUUGGCAGAAGAAUGUCAACCUGGGUCUCACAGCCCAGGAAUUGAAGUGUGUUUUGGGCAUUUUGAUUUUAAGUGGGUAUAUCUCCUAUCCAAGGAGAAGGAUGUUUUGGGAAACAUCCCCUGAUUCACAUCAUCAUCUUGUGGCUGAUGCAAUUAGAAGGGACAGAUUUGAACUGAUCUUCUCAUACCUGCAUUUUGCAGAUAACAAUGAGCUUGAUGAAAGUGAUAGGUUUGCCAAGGUGAGGCCUCUCAUUGUCCGCAUGAACUACAAUUUCCAGAAGCAUGCACCCUUGGAAGAGUUCUACAGCUUUGGCGAGUCUAUGUGUGAGUACUUUGGACACCGGGGGUCCAAGCAUCUGUCUGCGGGGAAACCUGUGCGGCUGGGCUACAAGAUCUGGUGUGGGACGACCAGCAGGGGCUAUUUGGUGUGGUUCGAGCCCUCACAGGGCACACUGUUCACUAAGCCAGACAGGGGCCUGGACCUAGGAGGCAGUAUGGUGGUGAAAUUUGUGGAUGCACUUCAGACACGUGGGUGUCUGCCAUACCACAUAUUUUUUGACAAGGUUUUUACAAGUGUCAAAUUGAUGUCCAUUUUACGGAAGAAAGGAGUGAAGGCCACAGGAACUGUUCGUGAGUACAGAACUGAACGAUGUCCCCUUAAAGAUCCCAAAGAACUGAAGAGAAUGAAGAGGGGUUCGUUUGAUUACAAAGUUGAUGAGAGUGAGGAGAUCAUCGUGUGCCGCUGGCAUGAUAGCAGUGUGGUCAACAUCUGCUCCAACGCUGUGGGCAUAGAGCCAGCGGGGCUGACCAACCAUCACUCGGGAGCAGCCAAGACGCAGGCCCAGGUUCAUCAGCCAUCCCUGCUGAGGCUGUACCAGGAGAAGGUUGGGGGUGUCGGCCGCAUGGACCAGAACAUCGCCAAAUACAAAGUGAAGAUCCGGGGUAUGAAGUGGUACUCGAGUUUCAUUGGCUAUGUUAUUGACGCUGCUCUUAACAAUGCAUGGCAGCUGCACAGGAUAUGCUGCCAUGAUGCCCAGGUGGACCUCCUGGCCUUCCGGAGAUACGUGGCCUGCGUGUACCUAGAGAGCAACGCGGAUACAUCAUCCCAAGGGAGGCGAAGCAGGCGGCUGGAAACCGAGAGCCGCUUUGAUAUGAUUGGGCACUGGAUCAUCCACCAGGACAAGAGGACCCGGUGUGCCCUGUGCCACUCACAGACCAACACCCGCUGUGAGAAGUGCCAGAAGGGCGUCCAUGCCAAGUGCUUCAGGGCGUACCACAUCCGGUAAUGCAUCCUGGGCAGAGGGAGCCCCCUGGAUGUUUGGUUUGUUAUGAGAUGUUUACAGCUAAUUACAUAUAGCAUUGGGGGCAUUUGUGUGUUGUGUUGACAAAAAGAGACCUGAAUCCCUGAUUUGGUUUUGUAUUUUUCCUCGUCUUCAUUACAGUUAUCUUUUUAUCAUCUUCUGUUGUGCCUACAUGUGAUAUAAAUUAAUAUUUAUGUUAGUAAUCAUAAAUGUUUGUAAAUAUACAUUUUAUACUGUUAUUUAUUUCAACUUAUGGCCCUUUUUUUAUUCAAAUAAAAAUCUUGCUUUGGGGUAUAGCUGUCCUGAUAAGGAGACUUGAACGUAACCAAAAACUUUAGAGAAACUUUCGUGAACAGCAGAAAGAUUUUACAGUGUAUGCUCUCAGUUAUAAUCUAA